AUGUCCAUUGACGCCGUCAGCAGCCGCAACCCGGGCUACUGCUUCGUGGACUUUGCCCAGCGCCCAACCGCUGAGCGGGCUCUCACCUCGCUGCAGGCAUCGCUGCGUGGUCGUGAGAUCAAGGUCGGCCCCUGCGAGCCCAGGAAGAGGCGCAAUGAGAACGGCCGCUCGGGCUUCCAGCAGCGAACUAACGAAUGGAGAGGUGCGCCUGGUGGCGAUGAUGGCCAGCAGUACCAGAGCGAGCAGAGGCCCCGCCGUGACUUCAACCGCUCCGAGGAGGUGGUUGAUGAGUCCCAGGGAAAGCGACUGUAUGUUGGCGGACUGGCCAAGAUGGGCGACCAGGACCAGAACAACCAGGAGAUGAUGGGAAUUUUCACCGGAUUCAACCCCUCAUACAUUGGCAAGCGCAUUGCCCCCCAUGACAGCUCCAGAAGCCCUGCUGGCACCUACUAUUACUGCUUCGUUGACUUUGAGACCCAAGACGAGGCCCAGGCCGCCAUGCAGGCCCUUGACGGCGCCGAGUACGAUGGAGGCGCGCUCAAGGUUUCACUGGCCAAGAGGAACGAGAGACAGUCCAACCGCACCAACGCGACACCGGACCGCAACGGCCAGGGACGCGGCUGGUCACGACCAUCCAACCCCCGACCCGAGGGCGGACUGCCACCAUCUGCCAGGGCCAUGGGAUCCAACAACUGGAGGAGCCGAGAUGCCCAGUAG